GCUUGAUUCCUCAAAAUCAAAAACAUCAAAACACACUAGACAAAAUGGCCGAUCCCGCGCCGACCACGCUGCCACCGCUGCCGGCGACGAUGGUGGUGUGGCACGCGUUCACGGCCGAGGGUGAGUACGAGCUGACCGUAGCGCAGGGCGACGAGGUCCGCGCCCUCCGCGCAGUGGACGACGACUGGAUGGAAGCUGAAUUUGCUGGGCGAAUUGGUAUUCUUCCCAUCUCGUAUCUCGAGCUGCCGUCCGCUGCUGCCACUGCUGCGACAAACGAUGAUGAUGCUGCUGCUGCGACUGCUGCUUCAACGACGGCGGCGGCGGCGGCGGCGUCGGACGCUGGAGAUGCCGCUACUGCGACCAGCAAUGAUUCUGAUCCUCCUUCUGCCACUCCUGCCGCUACUGCCACUCCUGCCCCUGCAAAGGUCGCCGCUCCAUCGGCAGCCCCAUCAACUGCCAGUGCAGUCACUCCACCGUCGCCCAAGACGGCAGCGCAGGGCGCGACCGCCCCAAAGGCAAACACCAAACCAGCUGUCAACAGUGUCAACAAGCCAGCGCUCAAGACGACGAACGGCAGCGCGCAACGCACGGGCCAGAAGCCAGCCGUCAAUGCUGCGACAAAGCCCGCUGCCACUGGAGCACGCACGUCCAUUACCAGCGCGUCUCCGACCAGCCGGACUGCACCCGCGACAUUGAACAAGCAGCCUGCUGCAACAACCGAGUCGUCUUCUGCAACCGAUUCGGCCGUUGUCGUGACCAAUGGUACAAGCACCAAGACACCAGCGUCGAGCACUGCAGCACCCGCCCCGAACGGGACUCCUGCUGCUUCUGCACCCGCCGCCGCCGCCGCCGCCGCCGCCGCUCUCGUCCCUGCCCGCUCCGCCCCUGCCAUUCCCACGCAUCGCGCUGUCGACGACUUUACCGCCGAGCUGGACACAGAAGUCACAUUUGCAGUGGGCGAUCUGCUGGUUGUGACCAGUAUGGUGGACGAGAACUGGCUCUUGGGCUUCCUGGCCAAAGAUCCUGCACAACGCCUUGGCAUUUUCCCAAACACCUAUGUCGAGCAGCUUGGUCAGCCCGCGACACCCACUGCUCCCCAGAGUGUCGACCAACCGCUCAAGACUCCCGCCACCAACAAUGAGGUAGUGUCCGAUGCACACGCCCCGGCCGCCCCUGCAUCCAUCAUCUCCAGCGACACGUCAGACCGGCUAACCUCUGCGCUCGGAGUUGCGUCAGCCCUGGAGGACUUUGAGUCCGAGGAUGCUGCCGAGCUCACCGUCCGCAAGAGCGACCUGGUGACCGUUUUGUGCCGCAUCGACGAGAAUUGGUUUGAGUGCUUGCUCAACGGUCGCGUCGGCAUUGUGCCAGUCGCUUCGCUGUCUGACCCCGACCCUGCCAAACUUCCGGGGCGCGUUGCCUCUAUGGCUUCGCAGGCGGUUGGUGGAGCGGUCGGUGCCGACGCCAAACCCAAAACGCGAAGUGCGCCUUCUCGCGCUCUCCCUCAGUCUGCAACUCCUGCACAGCAACGACCGGCUGCUGCUGCCGCUGUCGCGCGUCCAGCAGGUGCGGCUGCCAACCGCCAGUCGAUUGUGCGCACAAACGGUGCCCCGAACUCGCCCGGAGCUGCCGCAACAACGCCAAGGGCAUCUGCAGCAGUGGUUCGCAAGCCCUCGUCGGUGGUAUCAUCUCCGGCCGCCGCCAGUCCUUCUGCCUCCAGCUCUGGUGUGUUUGGUCUGUUUAGCAGCGGGUCAAGCAGCUCCUCAUCGGACAAGAAAAAGAAACCGCGACCAGUCAUCACAGUCGUGUCAGCUGCUCCCAUGGAUCCCAAUGCCAAGCCAUUUGAGCAUGCCACGACGCCCACUGCCGCAGCAGCAGCAGCACCUCCUACUACUACAGCACCUCCUACUGCAGCACCUGCUGCGUCGCCAGCCGCGCCAGCCGCAGCCACCCCUCCCUCUGCGCCUGGAAGGCCGGCGGCGGCUCCAUCACGCCCACCAGCUGCUGUUGCUCGCCCUGUCGUUACCGCGGCCAAGCCGUCGCCGAUACGAAGCUCGUUGCCCACUGUCAAAACAAAUGGCGCUCCAGCUCGCGCACCGAAUCCCCCUCGCUCCGCUAGCCUGCCCACCCCAGCCCCGAUCGUCGCUGUGGUGGAUCCGACGCCUGCCGCACUUCCAGAGUCACCCAAAACGCCCGUUGACAAGCGAGAAAUGAUUUUGCGAGAGCUGGUGGCGACAGAAGAGAGCUACAUUGCAGACUUGAACAUGAUUUACACGAGCUACGUCCUGCCAAUGAGUGAGGCCGAGCUGCCUGGUAUCGAUCUGGACACGCUCUUUGGAAACGUCGUGGAGGUGGCUGAUGUCAACGAGCGGUUGCUGGGCAUGCUGAAGGUCCAGCAGUCUCUUGUCGAUCCCACCCAGAUGCGUAUCGGCGAGUGCUUUGUGGACGUCGGCAAAGACUUCAAGUCCGUGUACGGCAUCUUUUGUCGGAAUCACGAUGACAGCGCGGCUCUCACCAUUGCGCUCGAGCAGGAUCCCACCUCGCCCGCUGGCCAACUGCUCAAGCAAUGCCACGACCAGCUGCGUCUCAAGUCAACCGGCCUGUGCGAUCUGAGCAGCCUGCUCAUCAAGCCCAUUCAACGCAUCCUCAAGUACCCACUGCUGCUCACCGAGCUGGUCAAGGCGACCUCGCCAUCGCAUCCUGAUGCCGACUCGAUCCAACGCGCAGUGACGCUCACCAAAGAGAUUGCAGCCGACAUCAACGAACUCAAGCGACGCAAAGAUUUGGUUCAAAAGUACAUUUCUCCCAAUCGCCGCCAGACCGUCUACAACCCGCCGCGAAAGGCUGCGGCGGCUGAGACUGAAGACUCUGAGCAAGACGCCGUCGCCGGUCCCACGCUCGCCCCAGCGUUCGAUCCUGGCCGCGGCAAGAUUGAGCGUCUGAAUUGGCAUUCCAUCAGCAAAAAGACCACCCGCAUGAAGCAAGGCAUUCUGCAGUUUACCGGCCAAGCGUCCCAGACCAUCGACGAGAAGUUUGUGCUUGAGGAGAAACGAUUCAAGCGGCUGCAAAAGUCCGUCCAGUCCCUGCUUCGCUGCAUCCAAUCGCACGUGCAGGCCUGCAAGGAUGCAUCCACCGCGCAAACGACCGUUUCUCAGCACAUCAAGGAGUUUUACUGGACGGAUUCUUUUCAGCGUGCGGAAAUCAACAUGUAUCAGCAUGCUCACUUGAUGAUUGACCGCGAAGCCCUCGAUUUCUAUCUGCGAAUGCUGCAACGCCGCGUUAUUGCCCCUCUCGAGGUUCUUCUGUCACACUUCCAAAACCCAGCAUCGCUCAUCCAGAAGCGCUACCACAAGCUGCUCGAUUUUGACAAUUCGACGAGCAAGAUGCGCUCAAUGAAAGACAUUGAGGUCACUGAAUCGAUUGUCACCGCGCACAACUUUACCAAGAAUACCUAUCUGGCACUGAAUGAUCAGUUGCUGGAAGAGCUGCCACGCUUUUGGAAGCUGGCACAGUCGCUUUUGCACACGGUCAUUUCCACGCUGAUCAGCAGCCACGACCAGUACUAUUCAAAGACUGUGGAGCUACUCUUGCCCAUGUACAGCUCCUCGUUGCUGCGUCAAGAUCAAGAAAUCAUUCGUGGCUUCUUUGAGCGGCAAGCGCCCAGUAUCAAGCGCAUGCUCGCGCUGCCCGUAGUUCCUGCGUACUUUACGCGCACGUUUGAGAUGGCCUUCCGCAAGAACGGUGCAAUGAUGGACUUGACUCCAGAUCCGAGCGCUUUCCGCCGACAAGAGCUGAUCAAAGGCGUCGAAGAAGCCUGGGUCUCCAUUGCGGAUGAUGAGACUGCGCGUGCAGGGAUGCAAAGUCUCUUGGACGUGUACAAUGCCCAACCGGGCUUUAGUGACGUCAAGAGCAAUGCCGAGCUGAAACGCAAGAUUGGCAUCCUCAACGGUCAAAUCACCAAAUCGCGCUUCCAGCUUCGUCGAUUGCAAAACGAGCUCUCGCAGAUGGCCGCCAGCGCUCCUGAAAACAUUGAUGGCUUCUUGAUUGAGCAGCCGUCUCAGGAGCAACUCACAAUUUCUCGCGCCAACCGAAAGAGCGUCAUGCUGUCGGACGCUCCAACAACUCCGAUCGGACUGUCGACAGGCUCUGCGCAGCUCCAGCAGAAACAGCCAGCUCGUAUGGCACCUGCCACGUCGAUGGAAAGCAUUUCGUCGUUUGACAGCGUGUCGAUUGAUCCUGCUGCAUCGACAACGCCUUCGCACGCCACUCACGACGAAGCGGAGCCUUCCAACGAUCAUACGGUAGAACCCCAGUCGCAGGCACAGGAUGAGCACGUUGUGCCAGUUGAGCACCCGGAAGAGACCACCUACGUUGCAGGCGACGAUGGUGCCGCUGCUUUCGAAGCGUCAAGUGAAACUGCGUACGUUGCGACCGAAACAGCCGUUGUUCUUGGAGCCCAAUACCGCGCCAUGUAUUCCUUCCAGAGCGACGUAGCCAACAACAUUUCGUACGACGAAGGCGAAUUGUUUGAGCUGAUUCAGGACUGUGACGACCAGGGCAAUCGCGACUGGUGGAGGGUUCGCCGUCUCUUGAACAACGAAGAAGGCUUUGUUGCGCACAAUUAUAUCGAGCUGCUUCCUGUGGAAAAUGGCCACGUGGCAGAAGCGGGCGAUCACACGCACGAUCCCGGUCACAUUGACGAACCCGCGGCGGAAACGGAGGCAAAUCAUCACGUGGAAGACCCAGUCGACAACAUUCCGGCUGAACCCGUGGCUGAAGUUGAGCAGACUGCAUGAGCCUGUGUUGGCGUUUGAUUUGAAAAGAAUGACAUGGAUUGGGGGCGGGGUGCUGGUGUAUUGAAUUUUAAUGUGUUUGAAAGAAACUCGCAUCCUCCAAAGUAGCCAAA